CAGGAUAUAAACUUUAUAAUGUUAUUUUGAUAUUUUAAUUUUUCUUAAAACUUGUGUAAAAUCAAAUGAAACUUAAAUUAUGCACUAAAACAAUGUUUCUGUGUGAAAUGUAAAGAAAUCAUGUUGUUGUUUUUCAUCGUUAAUAUGCUAGAACUGUUAAUGUAUAGUAUAAACGCCAUAAUUAUAUAUGGUUGAUGAUAAUCAAAAAAAUGGAUGAAAAUAUAGACAACAAUGUAGCCGUUUUGGCUAUUUUAGAUAAUCAAUCUUCACCAUACAAACAAAAUAUUAAUUUGACCAGCUAUAAUCUUAAUGGUCAUCAAGUCAAUCAAGAGGAAAUAGAGACAAAUGAAACAAGUAAACAAAAUAUUAUUUGGACAAAAAAUGCCACACUAAUGCUUCUAAAUUUAUAUGAAACUAAACUGAAUAUGUUGGAUAAUCCUAAAAAGAAAUCAAAGAUGUGGACUUCGAUGGCAGAAGAAUUAAAAUCCUUUCAGAUAGAGGUGACACCAGAUCAGGUGAGAUGGAAAAUUAAUGCACUAACAAAAAAAUACAAAGAUUGUAUUGAUAACGGACACGGGUCUAUGGCAUUCAAAUAUUUCAACGAAAUGCAUCAAAUCCUCGGAAGGUACAAUGAAGACAGUGGAACAUACAGGCUAGCAUCAGGUGUUAUGCAAGGACAAGAAAGUGACAAAGAUCACAGAGUUAUAAAUCGAAAGAUAACUUAUAAAAACUCAACACCUUUUAGGAAACUUCGAGCAGAACGCAGAGCCAAAGUAGAAUUAGAUAAGCAAUGGAUAGAAUAUAUUAGGCGGCAAGAGGAACAAAAGUUAAUAAGGGAUGAAAGGUAUGAAAGAAGCUUAAGAUUAAGAGAAGAGGAACUUCAGUUAAAAAAAAAGGAGUUAGAAAUUAAACAGUCAAUAGCUUUAAGAAAGUUACAAUUAAAAGAAAAGAAGCAAGAGGAAUUCUUAAAAAUUGAAAGAGAAAAAUGUGCAUUGUUAAGAAAAAUAUUGGCAGACCAAUAAUUUAUUUAAAUAAAAUACAAAUUUGUAUGAGCAAUAUGAAUUAUUAAUGUACAGAGCUAAAUAUAAUGCAAAGUUUAUAUUGGCUGGGCCAAAUAUAGGUUUAAGUCUUACUA